AUGCAAUACCCAGCUGAUUCUAUUGUUGAUGAUUCCAUGGUGCGGAUGCUGAUGAGGCUCACUGGAUUUCGUCGGCGCUAUAGUACCUUCUCUGGUGGCUCCGCUCCGGUCGGCCUGAAGCCUUAUCGGACUGAACCAGCGUCCGACUCCACGACCCCAAAAUGGACCACCACACUAGACCAAGUCGGACGAGCCGCAAAGCUCGCUCAGCCACGCGUCGGCUGUGCAGAUGGUAAACUACCCGUUGAAUGGAGACUAUGGCUGCCCAUGAUGCUCGCCUGUGUUUUUCGCCGACCGGAUCCGCUCGCCUAUAGUCUCCAGCUUCGUUUGUUAUUCGAUCGCAUCCCGAUCAGGAUCGCCAAUGUUGAUUCAAAGGACGAGCGCCGGGAGCUUCUCAGCCCCAUCCCAGUCGGGCGCAUCUCGAAUGAUCAAAGCAACAACGAUAACAUUCCGUCUCCAUUUUCUUGGUACCUGUCCGAUACCAAGACCAACUCCCGAGCGACCGAGGAACUUUCCACCGUCUGGGCCUCACCGUGUGGAAAACAUCAUCGAUGGUCUGAGAUCGCGAGACUCUGGAUACCCGGCCGGCGGAACCGUUUGGAUAUUAUACUUUGGGAGAUUCAUCGGCGGCUGAGCGGACCAAGCUGGGAAUUCCUUUUACCCACCCAGCGCUUUGGGGUCACUCGAUACUUGAGAUCUCGCCGCGACGGCGGCCAGCUGACUCUGUGGGUGAUCACUGCACCUCGCUCAGCUCUCUACGGGCGUCUCCCCAGUUGCAACUUUGACGGGUCUCCCGAGAGUUCCUCGGUCGGAACGGUACACAUUGCAAGACCUGCCUAG